UCUUCUGGUGCUUUCAAGACUUGGAAAAUUAAAUUUUAUUUUCGCCACGUGUGUGGACCAAAAUGAAUUAAUUGCUUUUAUGAUUGGUCAUUUGACGGAGGUUUAGUGAAUAUUUCAAAAGAAAUUAACCUCACAAUUGUCAUCAGUGUAGAAAGAAGUUAAUUUGAAUAAAAGAGUUACAUCGCAGUGACAGUGUUAUUCAACAACACGUUUAACAAUAACAAUGUGAUUUAAUAUCAUUGUUAUUGUUCAAAACAUUAAAUGAAUAGUGAAAAUUUCAUUUUUCUCUUUACAAAAAAAGCAUGUUCCUGAUAAAAUUCAGUUCAUUCAGUUCAUUCAGUUGGUGAUUGCAUGGCAGAAAAGCACUAUUCUGAUGCAACUAAGACACAGGAAAAAUAUUCUUAUUCUCAAAUUACGUUGUUGUGCGUAAUCAAUAAAAAAAAAUUUACCUUUCUGAGUAAACGAAUGCAGUUAUUUCAUUGAAAGAUAUGUAGAAAUGUCACGCAGUUUACCAGAAAGGGUGGCUGGCCUUUACUAUGCCCACGGCCUAUUUUGUUCGUCUCAUCCUAUAAUUGUUAUUUCAUUCGCUAUUUCUGUCAUAUUACUAUGCAGUUAUCCAUUGGUAAAUUUGCCAAUGCCUGGAAAUGCUCCAAAAAUUAUUGUCAAUCACACAACAGCAACAAUAUCGUCAAAUGGUUCAAAAAAUUCCGAUCUCUAUGCACAACAAGUGGUACUGAGAGUCGCAGUACUACCAUGGGCGGAGGAUUUAUCUCUAAUGGAUGCCUUUCGAGGGCCUCUUUAUGAAAUUUUCAAUCUUUUGGAAAUUAUACAAAAUUACCAAGAUCAUGAAACGAAAAAUUCUCUCAGUCAAAUUUGCUUACACGUGGAGGCAGUUAAGAAAAGAAAUCCCAAAAAGCCGGAUAUUUUGCCAGAGUACAAUUGCCUCGUUUUAUCUCCAGCAAAUUUUUGGCAACGAAGUAUCGAGGCUUUCAAUAAGGACACAAAUCUAAUUGGCACUAUAUUUUCCUAUCAAAGUCUUCAGAAGGGAAAAAUAAGUAUCGCCGAGAUGCUAUUUGGAAUGAGUUUAAAAGAAACGGGAAUCAAGAGGCAUCCUAUUCGAGUUCGACAAAGAAUUAUACAAUACGCAGUUACUUUGUUUCUAAAAGAACACGACACAAAAUACAUAGAUGGCUUAAAACGCAGAUUGACAAACUACUACUCUCUACAUCAGUCCGAAGAUAAAAACGCAACAAAUCCACCACUUGCUAACGAAACAUUGCACAUACUUUAUCCAGGAGAAUUCAAUUACAGUGAUUUUUUCCCCCUGACAAUGACAUUUGUCGCUUUAUUCGUCUACGUAUAUUUUUCAGUGAGAAAAAUCGAGAUAGUAAAAUCAAAAUUCGGAAUAGCAUUUAGUGCAACAAUCACAGUGAUCUCCUCACUGUCAAUGACCGUGGGUGUCUGCUUCUUUUUUGGUUUAACACUCAGUCUCAGUGGCAAAGAAGUAUUUCCCUAUCUAGUAAUAAUAGUUGGCUUGGAAAAUGUAUUAGUCCUAACGAAAAGUGUCGUCAGUACACCAUCGAAUUUAGACGUAAAAAUUCGCGUCGCUCAAGGUCUAUCAAAGGAAGGAUGGUCAAUAACAAAAAACAUCCUAACCGAAGUCACUAUUUUAACAAUUGGCUUAUUUACCUUCGUCCCGGCAAUACAAGAAUUUUCCAUAUUCGCCAUUGUUGGUUUAUUGAGUGAUUUUUUCCUUCAAAUGGUAUUUUUCUCAACAAUUCUUGCAUUCGAUAUUAAGAGAUCGGAAUUUUCUGUUCAAAAUUCAAAGUAUCAUUUCGCCAAUGAUCCGUACUUAAGGAAACAGCCGUUUACAACAAUAAUAUCGAAUAAGAAGCCAAAUAUUUUCCGCUCCAAGUCACAUCCGAAAUUAAAUGGCGUCGUUGGACCAACGAAUGUUAUUGCGCCAAAUACACAGAAUACGACGCCUUUAGUGAAAAUUCCGAAACGACUCAAAUUAGUACAUCUUUGGGCAAGGACGAGAAUAUUUCAACGAGCAUUUAUGGUUUGGAUGGUGGUCUGGAUUAGUAUGAUUAUUUAUAAUUCAGGCAUUGUCGAGCAUAUGAUUCAUUUGAGCGAUAAUUUGAAACACGAUACCGAUAUUGAUGGGUACACUAUCGAAAAAUCGCAGAUGUUGGAUAAUUUUGUUGAAAUGAGCACCGAGAAACCGAUUUUGACAUCCACAACCAUGCCACCUAAUCACUUACGCGAUCAAAAAUACGAGACGAAGAAUAUUACGGAGGAAUUAAACAAAUUGCGAGCGGUCGAUUUUCCACCUUGGAAUCGUCUCUCAUUGUAUCAUUGGUCGACAAUACUGUCCAUGUACAAUAUAUCAAUGGCUGGCAAACAAAUGAUUAUUCUUCCCACAAUUAAACUAUCAUAUGCAAUUAGUCCUCAGAUAGCAAAACAGAUAAGCAAUCCUAAUGAUAUUCAACAAUUUCAAUGGCAAAGUUUAGCGACAGCCGCUCUCGAUCCUCUCGAUUUUUCCGAUAUGGAAUUGCCAACAAGAUCCGAAGUUCGUGGAUUCAAUACCGAUGCACCAUUUAUACCAACGAGUCCAAUGGAAAUAUUUUUAGCCGCAUUACUCUGCUCGGUGAGCGUGAUUGUCGUCGCCUAUACAAUGGUAGUGCUGUACCGUUGCAUUUGCACCAGAAAUUAUGCGGAAUGGCGAGCCAGUUGGCAUAAUCAGGAAAAAAUAUCAGAUUCGGCAACUCAACUGGUACUGGAAGCUGUUCCCUUGGUACUCGAUGGUCACGUCCAAGAAGUCGAGUGCAUCGCAACUGAUGGCAAUACCGUCGCCAGUAGUUGUUUAGCAGGACACAUAAGAGUUUGGGACACAGUAUCAGGAGAACAACUGUCAUUCGUCGAUCGUCGUCAAUUUUUCACAAUGCCCCAAAAGGAUCUAAUAAACAUAGCUCAAGAUCAAGACGACCUAAUGUCAGACUACGAAAGUGGUUCACCGCCAUCCAGAGGCGAAAUGGAAAUUAUCGCAAAUUCCUACAAUUCCUACAAUUUUCCUUCAAAUUCAACUUCAAUUUAUAAGCGUAAAUCGUUUCACGAAUUGAAUACCUAUUCGAAAAUGAGUCAAGAAUUGAGAAACAAGAGGCACUCGUUUGGCAAUACCGGCGAUCUUAAUUAUCAAAUUAAUGAUGUUUCGUCGGAAAAGCGUAAAACUGGUAAUCAAACACUUGAUCUACCGGAUUUAAGGCCAGCUAUUAAUAUUAAAUUUUCAAAUAUGAAAUAUUCGCCUAUUCAAAAAAAUUCUGAUCGCGGUUUUGAUUAUGGCGAACAAUACAAACAGAUCUUUGACGAUCACAGGAAAUUAAGGGAAUUACACAGAUGUGACGAUACAAAGCAGAGAAAUCAAAAUUUAUCGAAAGUUAAUAAAUUAACAGAUAGUGUUAUUUCUUUGAGUGUUGAUAAAACAUCGCAAAUGUCAUACGUGCCACAAAUAUGGUGCAUUGAUUAUCAGGAGAAUUUAAUUGUUGUCGGUUGUGCCAAUGGGACAUUGGAAUUUUGGGAAGGCACGACUGGCAGAUUUAAGUGCUUGUUUGACGAUGCAUCAGGAUUAGGAAUCUCGGCAGUGAAAUUCAUUGGCAAUAGAGUUAUAGUAGCUAGAUUAAAUGGAUCUCUAGAUUUUUUGCAACUAGAAAGUUAUAGCGAGGGGCAACAAAUAGAUUGGGGCUUCACAUCAUACAGGCGAACGCAUGUGAGAACGGGAAGUGCGGGCUCGCCGAUGGAUAUUAAUAAUACAACACAAUCCGUAGAGGAUUUACGAUGUAUAAAAUUAUGUUCUCAUCGAGCGCAUCAACAAGUGAUAACAGUUCUCGAUAGUGAAGGAGGACGAGUUUUAACCGGAAGUCAAGAUCACACCAUAAAAGUCUAUAGGGUUGAGGAUCAACUUCCCUUAUAUACUCUACACGGUCAUUGUGGGCCUAUUUCUUGUCUCUUUAUAGACAGAAUAAAUCCAAUGACUUCAGGAAGUGGAUCUCAAGAUGGUUUACUCUGCGUUUGGGAUCUUCUAACUGGAACGUGUAUGUACAGCAUCCAAGCUCAUGAUGGCGCAGUUGCAUCAAUAACUUGUUCCGCCUCUUACGUUAUCAGUAUGGGUCUUGAUGAAAAACUUUGUGUUUGGGAACGCUUUCAGGGACAUUUAUUACACGCCCUACCAUCGCAGAGGAUUUCGUUAUGCUUACAACUUGUUAUGCUAACUCAUCAUUUACUUAUAACAAGUACUCAGGGUUCCUUAAUUAUUUGGGACGUAAGAACUGGAGAACCUGUUCGAGAAGUGAGAUUAGGACACAAGGACAAUAGUGUCUUUAUAAAACAAAUGUUGCCACUUCGCGAUAGUGUAAUAUGUGACUUUGGUAGACAGUUAAGAAUAGUUAGAUUUCCCCUUGUUUCAGACAAGAUGGAUUAAAAUUUUUACAAAACAAAAAAUUCAACAUAAUUGCGCAACUGAAGAAAAAGACUUUUUAUCCAAAGUUAAUUAACAUCGAAAUCUAAGAGGCUUUUAGUCUUCUAUUUUUAAGAUUUUAUGCUGAAUAAUAUCAAAUCGAGCACCUCAUAGAAAUAUCGUCACAAAGAUAUUUUCAAUAAUUGUUUUUUUAUAUAUACAGUGGAACCUCGAUUAUCCGAACUAACCUAGGCAAGGCCGAGUUCGGAUAAUCGAAAGUUCGGAUAAUAGAGAUUUUAAUUUUUUUUAUAUAAUAAUUAAAGUAAAAAAAUCGAUAGUUGAAUUAUAUAUAUUUCAUUUAAUUCAUUUUUUAAAUAUACAUAAGUAUAUAUACGUAAAUAUAUAUUAAUUCAUAUAAUAAUAUAUUAAUAAAACAUAGAAUUCAGAAUUUUUUAAGAUUUUUCUGGCAUAAAUUUCGUUAUUUUCCUUUGAAAGAUUUGGGAGGCCAAAAAAAAGUUUGGAUAAUAGAAGUUCGGAUAAAAUGAUUUUCGGUUCGGAUAAUGGAGGGUUCGGAUAACAGAGGUUCGGAUAAUCGAGGUUCCACUGUAAUUGUAUAAAUCUACAAUUUUUAGAAAAUCAAAUUUUAAAAAAUCAAAUUAAAAAAAUCGUAUUUUUGUCAAAAAAAGUAAAGUUAAAAAAAAGAAAAAAAUAUUUACUUGAUACUUUUGAUUUAUAGAGCGUAAGAAUAUAAAGUAUCAAAGCUGACUUUUAAAUAUGCAAUUACUUUGUAAAUUUUAUUCAAUUAUAUAUUUAUUAUUUUCCCCUCCCCACAAAAUUUGAUAUAACUUAUACAAAUAAUAAUAUAAUUGUAAUAUUUAACACACUUCCUUGAAUCCGUCGCAGAUAAUGGAAAAAUGAUAUUAAAAAUGUAAAAAUAAUGUUAAUGAGUAAGAAUACAAUUUUAGUAUAUAUAUUUUGAAGGCUAUACUAUUGGCGGUGAGAAAACUAGUAAAUGUAUUUUCUACGAUAAAUUAUUAUUAUACGAAUUUUCGUAAAUAUAUUUACGCUAUUUUUUUUUAAAUUAAGAAGCAUUUCCAAAUAUGAAACAUCUAUAAAGAGCGACAUUUUUCUGCAUUUUUUCUCUUUUUUGAUCAAUUUUCCGAGAUUGUUUUACUUUGAUUUUUGAAGAAAGUAGAACAAAAAUUGUGCCAUUUUUUUCAUUUUUCACUUCUUGUUCACGAUAAACAUUUUCGAAAUAUAAACAUUUAAAACUUAAGUUCCAUUCAUUUUUUUCAUUUAGAAUAUUUUGCAUUUGCUGUUAUAAAUACAAGUUUACAAAUCACUUGAAUCUGUAAUACAUUUUUAGAUUAUUGAAUAAUUUUUCUUUAAUAUUUUCCAAGAUUUUCCGAUACUUUUUUAAAAUAAUUUCAAAUAUCUAUUGUUGCAUAAAUGUUUCCGUAUUUGGAAGAGGCGAAUUAAGGCAGCUAAAAAUAUUUAAUAAAAAGAACAUAGUCCCAAAAUGUAUUUUCAACAUGUUAUUGGAAAUAUUAAUAAUAAUUCUUGACUGUGAUGUUGAGCUAGAAAAUAAGCGUUAAUUUGUAACAUUUAAUUUUUAACGUCAACGCUUUUCAAUAUUGUAGAACUUAAAUUAUUUAAUGUGUGAAAACUGUUUUUAGUUUAUUUUUUUUUUUAAUUGCGUGUGCAAUAUUUUAAUUUUGUUCCCCGACUGAUGUUAAUGAAUUUUUUUUUCAAUCUAAUACAUUU